AUGAGUUCGGGCCCUAGACUCGUCAGCAGCGCUGCAACGCGGAGGCUAUUAUUGCAAUCACACUCGCGUUUCCCACACUCUCUUAGCUAUGCAUCACGAUCCGGAUUUACAAGAGACCUCCCACCCAGGAUCCAGGCCCUAGCAAUCCUCUUGCCAAACAGAGGUUAUGCCACCGAAACGAGCACACACACUUCUGAUGGUGGUCCGCCUCCGGGGUUCAACAUCGAUGAAGCGAAGAAACCACUACCCAAGGAUUCGUCGAGGACCACGUCAUCCACCCCCACCAUUGCCGAGUUGAAGAAGUCCGAUGAGCAACUGAAGACAUCCAAGACCGAAGCGACUAUGGUUGACAAGACUAAGGCGCUUGAAAAUGCUAGUUUGUCUGAGUUGGCUGCCGAGAAAGCUGCCGAGCAGGGCCAAGCAAAGUCCACGGCUGUGGCCAACAAGAAAGAGGAGUCUAAAAAGCUUACUCUCGGACAAAAGAUCAAAAAAGAAAUCCAACACUAUUGGGACGGUACGAAGUUGCUGGCGGCAGAAGUCAGAAUCUCCACCAAACUCGCAUUGAAGAUGGCCGCGGGGUACGAGCUCAGUAGACGAGAACACAGACAGCUACAAAGAACGGUGCAAGAUCUGGCGCGCUUGGUGCCUUUCUCUGUUUUCGUCAUCGUCCCUUUCGCCGAACUGCUGCUCCCUGUGGCAUUGAAACUAUUCCCCAAUCUUCUCCCCUCCACUUACGAAGGCCAAAAAUCCAAGGAAGCCAAAGCGGCACAUUUAAGAGAGACCCGCAAGACCGUGUCUUCUUUUCUGCGGAACACACUCCGGGAAACCGGGUUACCUAUCUCGGCCGUGAACGCGAGAAAGGAGGAGUUUACCGAGUUCUUCCGCAAGGUCCGGACCACAGGGGAGUCACCUUCGAAAGAGGAUGUGAUCAAAGUGUGCAAGAUAUUCAAGGAUGACUUGACACUGGACAAUCUGUCGCGGCCGCAAUUGGUCGCCAUCUGCAAGUAUCUGAACCUCAACGCCUUCGGAACCGACGCCAUGCUCCGAUACCAGAUCCGCCACCGCAUGCGACAGAUCAAACGCGAUGACAAGGCGAUCUCGUUUGAAGGCGUUGACUCUUUGUCUGUUCCGGAACUACAGAUGGCAUGUGCGUCGCGCGGCAUUCGGACGCAUGGCGUGUCACCAGGAAAGCUGAGGGAAGACCUUCAGAUGUGGCUGGAUCUCCGGUUGAAAUACAACAUCCCCUCGACUCUACUGGUCCUCAGCAAUGCCUACAUGUACACAUCCGGCAAGGAUAGCGAGAUCGACUCACAGAUCGACGCUCUGCAGGCCGUGCUGAGCAGCAUUCCCGAGGAGCUGUUCCACGAGAUUGAACUUGAGGUGCAUAAUGCCGAAGGCGCCGCCACAAACAAGCAGCGUCUGGAAGUUCUGAAGGAGCAACAGGAGCUUAUUGAGGAGGAAAAUGAGCAAGCUAAGGAAACCGAAGCUCCUGAAAGCAGCAAGAGCGCAAGCCAGGCGCCCAAAGAUGACAAAAACAUUGAUGAGAAGCCAAAGGCCAAGGCUGGUGAUGCUGCGCCCAAGCAAGCUUCAGAGCAGCCUUCGCCAGCUAAAGAGGCCAAAGAAGCUGAGAGAGAUGUCUCUGAGCAGGGCAGGCAGGAGGAACCUAGGCCGGAAGCCGAAGUCAGGAAAGAUUGA